GCUGCGUCUGCAAUUAGCCAGCCAGCCCGAGCGACUGCAGAGGUGCUGAUAGACAAUCUGAAUCUCGAUCAGCUGGACUAUUUGUCCAGAAGGUCGUCAGGCCACUGCAUGGUCAUCAGGGAGGGACAAGGAGAUUUUUUGGGCCAGAUCGGCGCCAUGAAGGAUCCCGGUGCCGUCGAAGUGGAAGAGAAAGGAGGAGAGAGCGAGGAAAGUUCAGAAGAAGUUCUCGAAGAAAGUGCACCAGAAACAAGACCGGAGGCCCUGGAUGAGAUACAAGAAGCGGAAAUCACCCAACCAGCUGUGAAGGACCUCCUCAUCCGAGGGAAGGAUUGGUUAACAUUGGCGGCAGAGUGUGACGCGUUGCUUGAAUCGUGCAAGAGGCCUGAAGCUGAUGAUGAUUCAGGAGGCCUGCACCGUCUUGCACCAGUGCAAUGGUUUGGAAUCAGUCCUGUUGGUUUUUGUGUAGGGCAUGGAAACGCAGUUUCGCUUUCUGGAUAG